CCUACGGCUGCUUUCCGGGUUAGUUUAUAUCCUGCGCGCUUAAAGCUGCUCAAUGUAAAUUAUAGCUAUACGUGAAAUACAUCUAUGGGAAUGUUGGCGUCGUAAGAGUAGGUUUUCUCAAGGAUUCGCAAGUUUCCGCAGAGCGUAUGUGUUUUACGAUCGGUUGAUGUUUUCUCACGGGGAGCCUCCAGGGUUGAGUGCAACGUAGAACCCUAGCAGCACACUCUCCGCCAAUCUCCUUCCGGAGCUCCGCCCCCCGCCGAUAAGACCGCCCACAAGCUCCCCCUGCGUCUGCCAGGCGCCAGGCCCAGCGACAGACACGCCCUCGGCCAAUCGUGGGGCAGGACGGCAUCACCAUGGACACGGAGUCAACCUACUCUGGCUAUUCUUAUUAUUCUGGCCGAUCUAAGGGUUCACACCGCCAUGGAGAGCGCAGCCGCGACCGGCACAAGUCCCGCAGUAAAGAAAGCAGCCGUUCAGAGAAGUCUGUCACUAUCAACGCCCCGCCCGCCGAACCGCUGCUGGGAGACCCGUCCACACCCCGGGAGGAGGUCCAGGACGACAACUGGGGCGAGACGACGACGGCGGUGACGGGCACCUCAGAGCACAGCCUGUCCCAGGAGGACAUCGUACGCAUCAGCAAGGACCCGGAGGACGGCGUGGGGCGGGGCUGCCGCCGGUACCUGGGCGCAGCCGCGGGGGUGCUCCUGGGCCUGCUGGUGCUGCUCACGCCCCUGGCCUUCCUGGUCCUGCCUCACGUGCUGUGGCCCGAGCAGCUGGAGGCCUGCGGCACGGCCUGCGAGGGCCUCUUCAUCUCCGUGGCCUUCAAGCUGCUCAUCCUCCUCAUCGCCGUGUGGGCGCUGUUCCUGCGGCCGCCGCACGCGGGCCUGCCGCGCGUCUUCGUGUUCCGGGCGCUGCUGGCCGUGCUGGUGCUGCUGUUCGUCGUGUCCUACUGGCUCUUCUACGGCGUGCGCAUCCUGGACACACAGGAUAAGAACUACCAGGGCAUCGUGCAGUAUGCCGUGUCACUGGUUGACGCUCUGCUGUUCAUCCACUACCUAGCCAUCGUACUCCUGGAGCUGAGACAGCUGCAGCCCUGCUUCUCUGUGUGCGUCACACGCUCCACCGACGGAGAGAUACGCCACUAUAACCUGGGACAACUCAGUAUCCAGAGAGCUGCCCUGAGCAUCCUGGAGAACUACUACCGGGACUUCCCUGUCCAUAACCCCGCGCUGCUGACCGCCUCCAAAUCCCGCGCUGCCAAACACCUGGCCGGUCUCAAGGUGUACAACGUGGACGGCCCCGGGAACAAUGGAACGGGUCAGUCGCGUGCCAUGAUCGCGGCAGCCGCCCGCCGCAGGGACUCCAGUCAUAACGAGCUCUACUACGAAGAGGCUGACCACGAGAGGCGUGUCCGCAAGCGCAGAGCCAGGCUGGUGGUGGCGGUGGAGGAGGCCUUCACCCACAUUAAGAGGAUGCAGGAGGAGGAGCAGAAGAAGACUCCUGGGGAGGUGAUGGACCCGCGGGAGGCCGCCCAGGCCAUCUUCCCCUCCAUGGCGCGGGCCUUGCAGAAGUACCUCCGCACCACUAGGCAGCAGCACUGCCACAGCAUGGAGAGCAUCCAGCAGCACCUGACCUUCUCCAUCACCAACAACAUGACGCCCAAGGCCUUCCUGGAGAGCUACCUGACCCCUGGGCCUACGCUGCAGUACGGGAGGGAGCGCUGGCUGGCCAGGCACUGGACGCUGGUCAGCGAGGACGCGGUCACCAGCGGUCUGAAGGAGGGCUCCACCUUCUUGCUCAAGUGCAUAGACUUCAGCUUGGUGGUGACCACCAAGCGCAUCCCCUACAUCCAGCUCUCCGAGGAGUUCAUCGACCCCAAAUCGCACAAGUUCGUGCUGCGGCUGCAGUCCGAGACGUCCGUCUAGUGGGCUUCCUUUUUCUACGCUCAUUUCAUUUUUAUUGUUAUAGUCUCUUUCAUAAUAGGGUAUAUUUUCUUUUCCGUUGUUGCUUUGAUUACGAGAGCGGGACGAAGAGGAAAACGUUAACUGUUGAACGAGGACUCAACCCCACAGGGAGUGUGUGUGUCUGUGUCUGUGUCUGUCUGUGUGUGUGCGUGUGCGUGUGCGUGUGUGCGUGCGCGUGUGCGUGUGUGCGUGUGUGCCUGCGUGUGUGUGUGAAACCUGCCUGUCUCAGCAUCUGCAGUAUCUGAAGAACUUCAGGUGAUGCCAGUCUGAAGGACCACUAAAGAGAACAGGCAGACACAUCAGCAAAGGAAUUUUAGAGGAGAAGGGGAGUUCUAAAUGUAAUGAUUAUUAUUAUUAUUAUUAUUAUUAUUAGGAUUAUUAUUAUUACUACUACUUUUUAAAUUGUUCUUAGAUUUAACUGAAGCUCUCAAACAUGCCAUUGUCCCAUACAUUAUGCCUUGCAUGUAUAAACAAUCCUAUUUCCUGCACUGUUAUAGCAGCGACCACUUUCUUGUGUGGUUCUCCUGCAGUUGUUAUGGCAACUGGUUCUGCCAGGUCUGUCUGAUUGAACUGCUGAUAUUAGCGACUACCUUCACUUAGACAACUGUUCAGGUGCAUUUUUUUUUUUUUUCAAGCAAAAGUUGACCAUUUUUACCAAGAGUGAACUUAUGGUUUGUAUAUGUGUUUGUAUAUAUAUAUAUAUACAUAUAUUUAUACAUAUAUGUACAAACAUAUUGUAUAUGACUCAGUGUAAAUAUAAAUGUAUAUAACGCUUCUCAUUUAAUACUCUUUUCAUUUUCUACUUUGUCUAUCUGCACAUGGGAGUUUCUGACCAUGUUAUUUUGACACUGAGUAGCACACAUUCAUCACACAUUGUUCCUGUCAUGUUACCAAAUUUGAAUCUGGCCUUCAUUUUGAGGUAGUGGCCAAAAUAGACACUGCAUUUUCACAGGAUUUCUGGAACAUUCUGCUAAUGAGGGAAUGAUGUGUGUUAAUGCCCAGUACUGUGCCCAAUAAUCCUGUUCAAGCUCGGGAAAGCCAUGAACGCAAGCAGACUGGUUUUGUGGAAAGUAACAGUCCAUUCGAAGCCAUUUUGUACAUCUUAAUGUACAAGUUUACAGCUUAUAGACACUCAACCCUGUCAUUUUUAAAAGGAUUUACCAGAAGGUUGAUGCACUGUGGGGGAGAAUCUCUGUCGGAUUCAUAAUGGAUUCAUAUUUGUGCCCAAAAUUGAUCUGCAGAUAUUAUUUAUAUAAGCCCAUACUCAUAAAUUCAUAAAAUACGUUUGUGUGUAAUGGUGAAGAAUUGAAAUUGAUUUGGGUUUCAUCUUUUUUUUCACGCUGCCUUCCAACAGUCCUUGGUGACCAGACCACUCAGACACACCCAACGGUCAUUCUGAGGAGCAGCUGUGCCCUCACAUGGUUGUGCAGAAUGUUCAGGCCUGUCCGUGUCAUGCCCUGUACCAGUAUUUAAAAGCAAUUUUAGCAAAUGUACACUUUACAUAUAGAAAUCAUUUAAAGGUACAAUAGGUAAUUUCAGCCUUCUAACAGUCAAGAGAGGAAUUGCAGCAACAAACACCCUCAAACCACAUCACUGUUUAUCCCUCCCCCUUCUUUGUGAACACACUGAUGUUGAAACCCCGCCCCAAUUGUCUGUGGCAAUUAGAACCAAUUUUCAACCAAUGAUCUUGAAUUAUUAUACAGCUAUACAAUGUUUUGGUACAUUGUUACAUGUCGGUUUGUCAACUACACAUUUUGAAAGCUGAAUUUAAGGACUAUAAAUACAGGCAGAGGGUGAGCUGUGGGCCUCAGGAACACUCAGGUUUUCCUGCUUUCCUGCAGUGAUUGGAGUGCAAGUCUCCAUGAACCCCCAUAAUCUGCCCUCAGUCACUGUCCUCUAAGGACUAAUCACAAAUCACUUGUUCUAUGAUUGGCUUAAUCAGUGUUACUGACAACACUGAUUGUGACACCUUCAUGAAGGGGUUUCAUGAAGAAGGUGGAGAAACAAAAUAAACCACAGUGAAUUGCACUUCAGCAUGGUUCAGUGAGUUCAUAUAUGGACUUUUUUAUUUUUAAUAAUGUUAUUAUUUUAUUUGAACUGUAGAUUAUACUUCUGUUCUCAGACAAUGUGAAUCAGAAUCAGUGAGAAUGAUUGCCAUUACCUCCAACACACCAGUUUCUAUUGUAGAAAUACUAAGAUGCAAGUCUGGCCCAGAUGUGAAUGGGGAAAAUAUAUAUAUAUAGUAUAAAGAAUUUGGUUAUAUAAUGUGCGGCUUUCUGGGGUGUAAGAGCCUAAGUUGGCCUUUAUUUCUUAGCAUUUCCUAGCACUGGUUGUUUUGCUUUUCAAAUGUGGUCCAUUGUUGUGUUCUUUCUGACAGCUUUCAACGCACAUAAGCCCAGAUUGACUUAUUGUCGUCCAGAAAGAAAUGUGAGGUAAAAGUGAAAUGUUGCAAAGCCAGUUCUGAAAUACUGUGUUUACCAUUUUGCCAUGGAGUCUUUUGUAUACAUGUAAGAAACAUGUACACGGGGUAGAGGUUUGCUGCUGCGUUGAAAAAGGGGUGUUAGUAUGAGAAGACUAUUUUAGAGCCUCAGCAUUAACACACACUGGCCUGGUGAAGUGAAUAGUGAAGAGUGAGUUGCCUGAGUUACAGUACAAGGAAUACACAAACAAUUAUUCACCAGGAAUAUUAAACACAACCUUUAAACAACUGUCUCCUAUAAUGUAAUAUGGAAAAUGUCAGAGCCCAGUUAAUACCAUCCAGUACAGUGAAUUGCAAACAAGAAAAUGGUUCAUAGCACCAUCUAGCAGAUAUGUCUGGUAUUGCUUGAAUUAGUACUGGUUCAUAAUUUGGAGCAAUUGGGAUCAGCCUGGGUAGGCAAUUUGGAGAAAAUAUGAUCGCCAUUCAGGAAUGUGGAAGACUUUUUUUUAAGACAAACCCCCCCCAUCAUUUUAUACACUUACAUUUGAAAAUUUAUAUAUUGUCUAUUGAUGUUCAAAAGUUUUUUUUAAUUAUUCUUAAAAAAAGUUUUUUGGAUACAAAUUGUCGUUUGAAUUUUUACCGAAAAUAGUUGUUUGUCUGUACUUCUCACGCAAAGUGAAUAUGUGCCUCUGAUUCUACACUGUAUUUAUGUAAAGAGUCCUGUGAACAUCCCUCCCCUACACUUAGACCUCACUCAGUUUUUUUCUACCUGACAUUGGCAUUGUAUUGUAUCAAACCCAUCACAUAAAUGUUUGUAUAAAAUAAAUAUUUGUACAAAGCUUUGUAAUUGG